GCAGGUAUAGAGAGGAGGUGUGGAGUAUUACCUGUGCGAUUUACUUACGUCUAGAGAGAUUGUAUGAGGUUUUGAGUUUCUGAUUGAUUGAUUUGUAGUGUGUGUGUGUGUGUGUGUGUGUGUGUGUGUGUGUGUGUGUAUGAGAGAGAGAGAGAGAGAGAGAGAGAGAGAGAGAGAGAGAGAGAGAGAGAGAGAGAGAGAGACUGUGUGGAUGUGAGGGUGAGACUGUGUGUGGGUGUAGUGGUGUGUGCUGUGUGUGUAUAUAUACCUGCUUGUGCAUGUGUGUACCUCUGUAAAUUCAUCUACAUGCGUAGAGAGAGCUCCUGGGAAAGGCCAGAGCCAAAUCUUCAGUGCUGUACUAAAGCACCGCAUUUCCUUUGGCAGUAGCCUUGCUACCAACCAUGUACUCUGAUAGUGAUGAUGAAUCAUCAGAGGCCAGCUCUGUGCACAGCCUGUUCAAUGAGGAGGUGUUCACCAGGCAGUACACCGUUCUGAUGCCCUUGGGGCAGGGUGGCACUACUGAAGUGCGGCUAUCCUUCCAUCGCCUCACAGGCACUCCAGUUGCUAUCAAAGCCCUCGUGAAAUGUGAGGGGCGGUGGGAGCAAAUAUUGUUGGAGGUUGAAAUCAUGAAGACACUCAGUCAUCCCAAUAUUGUUUCCCUUCUACAAGUGAUAGAAACAGAACAGAACAUUUAUCUAAUUAUGGAACUGGCCCAGGGAGAAGAGCUACUGAGUCGAGUCCGCAAGGCUGGGUGUCUGAAGGAAGAUGAAGCUAGAUCUAUAUUUGUUCAGCUGCUCAGUGCCAUAGGCUACUGCCACGGUGAAGGUGUUGUACACAGAGAUCUAAAGCCUGAUAACAUAAUAGUAGAUGACCAUGGAAAGGUAAAAAUUAUUGACUUUGGAUUAGGUGCUAGAUUCAUGCCUGGGGAAAAACUCAAAAGGCUGUGUGGAGCCUUACAAUUCAUUCCCCCGGAAAUUUUCAUCGGCCUCCCUUACGACGGACCCAAGGUAGACAUAUGGGCCUUGGGAGUUAUUUUGUAUCAUAUGGUGACCGGUUUCGUUCCAUUUCCAGCGAAUACACUGAGAGAACUAAGUCAAAAAGUCUUACAAGGGAGGUAUGAAGUCCCUUCUCAUCUCUCUAAAAAUUUAAGGAGCAUAAUUAGCCGUUUAUUGUCAGUAAAUUCAAGGCAGAGACCAACUGCAGAAGACCUCCUAAGUCAUCCAUGGCUUCAGGAACAGGGAAAGACUUUUGCAUCUCAUUCCAAUGGAGACACCAGCUUCCCAGACCCUGACAUCAUGGUGGCCAUGCAAAAUAUUGGGUUUCACGCGCAGGACAUUAGAGAAUCAUUACAACACAAAAAGUUUGAUGAAACUAUGGCUACUUACCAACUGCUGAGAAUGCAGGCAUGUCAGGAUGAUGGCAAUUAUGACCAAACAAAGUUAAUGAAUCCAGGAGUGACACCUUUCCCUUCUGCAGCAGACCUUGAUACUUUCCCUCUGCCUCCCAGGAGAAGGGCCAGUGAACCUUCCCUUAAGACAUUAGUCUCUAAUGAACAACAUCAUCUAAGACAAAGCGGGGGGACAAAUGCCCCUGUUUCACACAAGAAGACACCCACUAUGGGCAUGCGUCAGAAACGCUCUAUGACUGCCCCUUGUAUUUACUUACGAAGAAACACUGCGAUGGAUAUAGAAGACACCAGCUUUUCCACUAGCUCCCGGGCAGGAAAGGCGUUAAGUAACUCAGAACAAAGUGGGACUUCAACUUCAAGCUCCCUGGAGCCUAGAGGCUGGGCAAAAUGGAAAAAGAGAAUUGGAGCAUGCAUCCGGACACUGUGUUGCUGCGUGUCACCUCACAACAAGUAUCCAAGGAAGGUGUGCCCCCAAAAGUGAGAGGACACCAUAAGAUGACAAGAAGUACAAGGCUCUUUCCAAUUGGCCUCUCCUCACCCCAGUGCAUGCAGAAGCCCAACCAUGAGCAGAUAUACUUACAUUUUCUCAAUCUUCCUCUCAAUGGCCUUACUUCUGGCUGAUGACCUAGUACCCAGACUACCUGACAUCAGAGGAAUAGUGGAGACUUCAGAACCAGACCCAUAAGCCUGCUCGUGAGAAAAGAAAAGAAGAAGACUGAUUGCUGCUCUCAAGAUCUUCCAGAAGUGGACCACCCCAGACUUAAUGCUCCAGCUCAGGCUGGGAGCACAUUCCUGUUCCUUCCACUAAAACUCACCAUGCAGCUGCAGUGAGGAACUGGCUCCUGUGGAGGGGACCUUUCUACAGUUUUUCCUUCUGAGACGUGCUGCUUCUAGGACCUGCCCUACACAGAGGACUAUUCUUUGGGGAUCUCCUAGAGCUGAUGGUUAUAUCUCUCCUCGUCUUUUGUGAUUCAUAUUCUACUGCCAAUGAGAGUCUUAGGGUUUCUGUUUUGGGGGUUCUACUUAUAUAUUUAGUUGUCUGAAUUAUUGUUCCCAUGUUGGAAGUAAAACUCCUUGUUUUUGUCUCUCUUC